AUGAAUUCAACGUCAUCGGCGACGAUUGCACCGUACGAGCAACGCCUAGUCGAAUUUAAACGCAUUGUCGAAGGCUACUUACUAUUACUUGUUUGUAUAUGUGGUUUAUUAGGCAAUACAUUAACGUGUGUCAUACUAUCCAGUCGAAUGAUGCGUACAUCAACAACAAACAUUUAUAUAUUUGCAUUAUCAUGUGCAUCAUCAUGUGUUUUAAUUGGUUUUUUACUAACACACGGGAUUCGCUCAACGUUUGAUGCUGAAACAUUUUAUAAAUAUAUAUUUACAAAAGUAUUUCCUAUUCAUGUGACAUGCUUGCUAAUACAAAUAUAUUUGACAGCAACAGUUGCUUUUGAUCGAUUUAUUCUGAUAUGUUUACCGUUUCGAGGUCAUAAAUGGCGUAGUCCACGACAUGCAGUGUUUGUUGUAUUAUGUGUUGCAUUAUUUUGUAUACUAUAUUGUAUACCAUUUUGGUUUGAAUUUACUUUAGUAAAGAGAAAUAAUACACGAGUUAUAUCUGUAUCAACAUUUGGAGCACAUCCAUUAUUUCGCCUGUUAAUGCGUAAAUAUCUUUAUUUUGUUUUUGUUUUUCUUAUUCCAUUAUCAACAAUAAUAAUAUGUAAAGCUAUGAUUAUUAAAAAGUUAUAUACUGUACGUAAACGUAAACGUUUACUGGGAAAUUUAUCAAAACAAAAUCGAUCCUCGAACGCUAUUAAUUUCUUAUUAUUAUCAAUUGUAUUCGUAUUUCUUGUCACACAAUUUCCUUAUUUUAUUUUCAAUGUUCUUUAUUCAUGGUUUGGCAUUAGUUUAAUGGCUAAUCUACGCGCAAGGCAAUAUUUAGCUAUUAAUAAUCUUUUGUCUGUUAUCAAUGCCUCAUCAACGUUCAUUCUCUAUGCGUUUUUUGACAGAAAAUUUCGACAAGUUGGUCAACACUUUUUAUUAUGUCGACCAUUGCCAGUUGGUUUUGAUGCACAAACUGAUAUAAAACGUACAGCGGUAUCAAGUCGUAAUGCGAAUGUUCUAGGGUCUAAUGCAAAACCAAGUAAUUCAUCAAUACAUUUGAUAAAAAAUCAUCAAUAUUUGGCAACUGUAAAUAAUAAUAUACAAGAUUUAACAAAACUACAAUUGAUCGACACAAACCUAACAGCAACACAGAGUGUUUCAUUUUUUGAAAAAGAGAAUGUAUCAACAUUUAAUUGA